AUGGCCCAUAGGCUAGCACCCCGCGGCAUCGACUUGGAGGCUUUGUCCCCUAGGGAUGCCAAUGCCCAACGAGUACCGAAAGUUACCGACAUCAAAACAAAGACCGCAGCCCAGCUCAAGGCUGUCAAGGAAAAGGAACAUCCUCCACCUCCUCCCACAGAAAUUCCCGAACCACCAAGCUCCGACCGACCUGAUGGAGCGACCUACCAGGUGGGCAAGCUGCUUGGAAAGGGUGGGUUUGCUAUCUGCUACAGCGGUCAACUACUUCCCACAAAGCAGCGAUUUGCUCUCAAAAUCGUCAAGAGCCACAUGCCCCCGAAGAUGGAGCAGAAGUUCCAAACCGAGCUCCAAAUCCAUUCCAAGAUGAAGCACAAGAACGUUGUUCAAUUCUUGAGGGCAUUUUCACAUGAAAAGUGCACCUACCUGAUUCUUGAGUUAUGCCCUAACGGUUCCCUAAUGGAUAUGGUGAAGCGAAGAAAAGGCCUCACUGAGCCUGAAGUUCGUUUCUACUCUGUCCAGAUCGCUGGUGCAAUCAAAUAUAUGCACAGCAAGGGCAUCAUUCACCGUGACUUGAAAAUGGGCAAUAUCUUCCUCGACUCUCAGAUGAACGCAAAGAUUGGUGACUUUGGUCUUGCUGCUCUGUUGGUGACGGGUAGAGAUAUGCACACCAUUCGUCGAACCACUCUAUGCGGAACACCAAACUAUAUCGCCCCAGAGAUUCUCGAGAAGGGAAGAAAGGGCCAUGACCAUAUGGUGGAUAUCUGGAGUCUGGGCAUCAUCAUGUAUGCCAUGUUCACAUCGAAACCCCCAUUUCAAUCUUCGACCACGGAUGAGAUUUACCGCCGAGCUCGAGAGAGAGACUACGAUUGGCCGUCAUUGGAGACAUCACGGAGAUACAUCAGCGAGGAAGCUAAGGAGCUAGUUGCUACGAUGCUUCAGGAUGCUGAUUGCCGACCGGAACCAGAGGUUAUUAUUCAGCAUCCUUUCUUCACCUGUGGAUAUAUGCCUACCGAGGCGGAGAUGAGCUCUCGCCUAAGGGAAGUUCCUCCGGACCGUGAUGAGUUCUAUGCUACCCGCAUGAGCAGCGCCCUACAGGCGCAAUCAUACAGGAACUUCAAGGACAUGUGCCGAGAGUGUGGAAUUGGCCCAUUUGCUCCCGUCCAGGUCGUUCACACACAGACCUGGAAAGAGAUGGCCGCUGAGGAAAAGGCUGGGUUGACACCCUUAAUCCCCCUCGAAGAAGGGAUUGUCUACAGACCUUUUGAGGAGUGGCUGAAGGAACAGCAACAAAUCAAGGCCAGAUACACAGCAUCCGUAGCAGCACAGGCCAGCAUUUCCACCGAGGAUCCUUUAUCUGCGAGUCAGAGGGCACCAGCAGGUCUACUUCGCCAGCCUCCUCAAAGUUUCGCCGCCCAGCAGAGAAUGCAGCAUAGGCCAGCUGGCAACAUGGUGCCAACAAAGCCCCGUCCUGCACCUGAAGCCACCUUAUCGGCUUCCCAGAGUGUGAGAGCAAGGACCCGACGAGAACUGCCCCGAGAAGCCCCAGCAAGAGAGACUGUCGAAUCUGUAGGCAAGAGCUUGCGAACUUCUAGUCGAUCUGCACCUCCAGUAAGGGCCGCUUCUCAGCAACCUCCUGAGCGACAACUAUCCGAGAGACCUACGCUCGACCGUCAAUCGUCAGCUCCAGCUACCACCGCUCCUCCUGCACCAGCUGCACCCCCUAAGAGAGACACUGCGGGCAUGCGGGCUGCAACACUCUUUAGCUCUUCGGAGCGGCAGGACAGGAUCUCGGGCACGAAGCCUGACAUGAUUUUGGAUCGAUUGCAUCGCCUGCAGGGUGAAUUGGAGCGGGCUCUUAACUCACGGACCAUGGCUAUCAUCUCAUCAAAGACAGUGACGCCUCCUCAUCCCCAUGUGGUUGUCAAGUGGGUUGACUACACCAACAAAUUUGGCCUUGGAUAUAUCUUGAAUGACGGCAGCGUCGGAUGUAUUCUUCGGGACAUCCCAACCACGGAAAAUGGCAAGGCAGCUUUGCUUCCUCCGGCUGGAGUAUUUAUCCGCGGAGCAGAAAGGCAUAUCGUACGCCGUGAGGACGAGACAUACGAAGAAAGAAGCCAGCCUUUACCGAUGACUGAACCCAUCAAGUUCUUCGAGAACAAUGGCGAGACUGGACUUUCGGAAGUUAUUGUUUCUCCCGAGCAGUUCCGAGUGAAUGUGAAUGAAGAUGGGUCUGCAGGCAAGAUGCAGCCCGGUAAGGACAUCUUCCAGCACCGGAAGCGUGAGAGAAUCAUUCUCUGGAAGAAGUUUGCCAAUUACAUGAUCGCCUAUGGACGGGACGAUAUUGCGCCGGUUGAAGAGACUGACCCAGCGGGUGCCAUGUCUCCAGGCCAGAAGGGUACAGUGGCAGAGCUAGUCACCUUCUACCAGCGAUUUGGAGAUGUUGGAUGCUGGGUUUUCUGUGACGGCCACCUUCAAUUCAACUUCCCCGACCACACCAAGAUCGUCAUCGAUCAUACAGGAACCUGGUGUCACUUCUGGCAUCUUCCUCAGGACGCCGCUGAGAGGCUUGCGGCAACUGGUACUAUUGGAGCCGCUGCUCUUGACGACCGGGCAAUGCUGUCUUACCCUCUGCAGACUCUGCUGAACUUCCAGGCCAAGCCUGCAGCACCCCGCCCAGGCCGUGCCACAACAACGACUCGAAGACGCCCUGAGAUUGCCCCUGAGUUGCAGGGCAUUCCCGCCGCCAACGACUUCCGUCGCAAGAUUGUCUUUAUCAAGGAUGUUGUGAAGGAAUGGGUUACCAAUGGUGGCAUGGGCAACAGCCAGAUGAGCCGAGAGUCUCGUCUUCGAUGGGGCGGCCACCGAGAAACAAUAAGCAGUCACGCACCGCAAAAGCAUGUCUGGGUCACUGUCGGAGCGCGAUGGGGAGACCAGCGAAUCUCGACUUAUGUCGAUCCCCGAAAGCCUUGGGAACUUGGAGAGGAUGUUGACCAUUCGAAGAAGUGA